AGUGCAGCCUAUCAGUGCCACCUAUCACUGCCUUUCAGUGUCACCCAUCAGUGCCAGUCAGUGCCGCCUAUCAAUGCCAAUCAGUGCCACCUAUCACUGCUGCCAAUCAGUGCCACCUAUUAGUGCCAGUCAGUGCUGCCUAUCAGUGUGCAGCAGUGCCACCUAUCAGUGCCUGUCAGUGCCGCCUAUCAGUGCCAAUCAGUGCUGCCUAACACUGCCAGUCAGUGCUGCCUAUCAGUGCCAGUCAGUGCUGCCUAUUAGUGCCAGUCAG